CUAAAAUUUCAUUAUUUCUAGUUAAAUACAAUGAAGCCAGAUCAAAGUACAAAAAUAUGGAAGAUAGUGAAAAACUUAAAUGCAUUUUAAAGUUUUUAGAAGUUAUACCUGGACAAAAAUUAAACUUAGAACAGUACAAAAAAGCUAAAGACGUUUUAAAUCAACAAGAAAUGAAAAUAAUAGAUGAAUAUGAGGAAAAACCAAAAAAAAUGACACCAUACAAUUACUUUAUUAAGAAUUAUUUUAAAGACAUGAAGAAUAGAGGAACUGAAUUGAACGGCGCAAUGAUAUUAAAACAUGCAGUAGAAGCUUGGAAGCAAUUGCCUGAAUAUGAGAAGCAAAAAUAUCAGGAACAAGCUGGACAGCUAAAAAUUCAAUACGACGAAGACCUUAAACAUUUUAUUGACACACUUCCACAAGAUCGAAAAGAUGAGGUAAUAACUGAACGUAAAAGAAAAAAGAAAGCAAACAUUAAGGAAGAUAAUAAAAAGCAAAAAACUUUGGAUAAUUAUAUAAUAGAUGAGGCUGGUGCUGAUGUCAAAAAAGAUACUACACCACAAAAAACAACCAGUACAAAACAUAAAACAUUAAAAUCUAAAUUGAUUACAUCUGAAACUGAUAAAGGAAAUAGAAAGGAAAAAAAUGCAAUCAAAAAAUCUGAGGUAAAAAAUAACUCGCAAGACAAAAAUUUCUUGAAUAAUAAUGCCGCUGACGUUAAAAAUUCUUCAUCUACAAAAAAAAACAAAAAAAAGAAAGAUGAAAAUUUGAUUAAUUUUGAAGAAGAGGAAACUGUUCAAAAACCUUCGUUUAAUUUAAAAAAACCACCAGAGUCACUAUACAAGUUUUAUGCGCUCAACGUUUUCAGUGGUCCUAAGGCUUCAGCUAAAUAUAAUUACAAGCGGUUGACAAAAGAAGAAAGAAAGCAGUUGGUAGAAAAACAUAAAAAAGCCGAAGAAAAAUUUUUAAAAAAGUUCAAAAAAUAUUUAAAUACAUUGUCUGUUGAAGAGAUGCAAAAUAUUCAAGCGAAAAUCAACUUGGAAGACGAAGAUAUAUCGGACAUUACGGAAUCAUCUGAUUGGUCUGAGGAAUCUAUUGAAUAAAUAUCUUAUGUAUCUUUACAUAUUUUAUAUAUAAACUUACGUACAUAUUGUAUGUACUUUUUGUGUAAAAUAAAUUUUAAAAAUAAGUAUUGUAAAUAACGAAAAUUUAUCCACCUAGGUACUCAAAAAAUUUUGUCCUUUUCUAAGCAAGCUAAUAUUUCAGUAACUAACCCAAACCUGUGUGCAGUAACAAUACAUCCAUUGCUAGUUUUUUUAGUCUUCGUUUACAAUAUAUUUUAUGUACAAUUUUAAUUCUUAUUUGAUGAACAUAAAUGUAUAUUCCUUAUUGAAUUAUUAGAUAAAGCAACUUGUUGCAAGUCCAGACUGCCACUAAAAAAAUUUUUCCUCCCAAAAUUGAGUUUUUUUAC